AUGCCUUCUAUUGAGGCGAAGAAAACACAUUUUAAAACUCUGCAGAGUUUCAAAACCGACUACUCUCCAAGUGCCUUUACCCAGUAUGAGUCUGAAAGGACUGGAAUGAAAGUAGUGGUCGUAGACCAAAAAGGACCAAAGGUUUCGGGCUACUUUGCUCUGGCAACGGAAAUCCAUGAUGAUUCCGGAGCACCACACACAUUGGAGCACCUUGUCUUCAUGGGUUCUCGCAAUUACCGCUAUAAAGGAGUUCUCGAUAAAUUAGCCACAAGAGCGUACUCCAAUACCAAUGCGUGGACAGCAACAGACCAUACAGCGUACACGCUAGAUACUGCUGGGUGGGAAGGGUUUGCCCAGAUUCUUCCUAUUUAUUUGGAGCAUGUUCUCUUCCCCACCUUAACUGAUGCGGGCUGCUAUACUGAGGUUCAUCAUGUCGACGGAACCGGACAUGAUGCAGGUGUUGUCUAUUCAGAGAUGCAGGGCGUCCAAAAUAACCAGGAGGAGUUGAUGGAUUUGCAAGCUCGGCGCAUCCUCUAUCCUGAAGGUGUUGGCUUCCGUUACGAGACUGGUGGUAUGAUGCAGCAACUUCGGGGUUUGACAGCGGACAGGAUUCGGGCCUUUCACAAGGAAAUGUAUCAACCCAGAAAUUUGUGCCUCGUACUCACGGGAGAGAUUGAUCACGACGAUAUGCUCCGUAUUCUUGAGGAAUUUGAGGACGGUAUCGUCGAUGAUGUGCCCAACCCCGAGUCUCCAUUUCAGCGGCCGUGGAUCGAUUCCAAACAGCCGCCGCCGCUGAAGGAAACGACCGUCUCAGAGGUCGAAUUUCCGGAAGAGGACGAAUCGUCUGGAGAAAUCAUGGUUGGAAUUUUCGGUCCCGACUGCAACGAUGUUAUGAAGAUGGCUGCCUUGGAUGUCUUAACAGUAUAUCUCGCUGGAUCUUCUGUCUCAGUCCUCGAAAAUAUCCUUGUGGAGAAAGAGCAGCUCGCUAGUGGAGUAGCCAUGUCAUAUGACGCAAGACCUGACUCUAUUAUUUGGAUUGUAGCCAACAGCGUAGCUACUGAAAAACUCAAGGAAGUCAACCAGCGUCUAUUUGAGGUUCUGAAGGAGACGGCCUCAAAGCCUCUGGACAUGGAUUACAUGUUGGAGUGUAUUCGUCGCGAAAAGCGGCAACUCAAAUUUACUGUUGAAGACUCUGCAUUCUUCUUUUCUGAUGCUGUCAUCAAUGACUUCCUUUUUGGAAAGAGAGACGGAUCCACGCUUCGAGAUCUUGCAACUCUCUCGGAAUACGACGAGCUCGAGAAGUGGUCUGACAAGGAUUGGAGAGACUUCCUCAGCACAUGGAUUGCGGAUGCUCCGCAUGUCUCCCUUCUUGGCGUUCCUUCAUCCAAGAUGUCCAAGAAGCUCAAGUCCGAUGAGAAGAAACGUGUGGCCGAGCAGCGGAAGCGGCUCGGAAAGGAGGGCUUGAAGGAGCUUGAGAAGAAGCUGGAGGAAGCCAAGGCUGAAAAUGAUAAGCCAAUUCCUCAAGAAUUGCUAGAGGGUUUCAAGGUCCCCGGCACGGGCUCUAUCCACUUUAUUAAUACUACCACCGCACGUUCAGGACUUGCGAGGAAGAUGGGACCUUUGGAUAAUGAGGUUCAAUGCGUUAUAGACCAAGACUCGGAUCUCCCGCUGUUCCUUCACUUUGAGCACAUCCCUACCAACUUUGUGCGGUUUAGCUUGGUGAUUUCUGCGGAAUCAGUUCCCGUUGAGCUGAAGCCACUAUUGGCAUUGUACACAAUGAACUUUUUCAAUACGCCCAUAAUCCGGAACGGCGAGAAAUUGGACUUUGAGCAGGUUGUGGCGGAGCUCGAAAAGGAUACGGUGUCGUAUCAGAUUGAGAGCGGCUCAACCGUUGGCAAUGCGGAGCUUCUGCAGAUAAAGUUUCAGAUUGAGCCGGAAAAAUAUCAGACCGCAAUUGCUUGGUUGAAGACAAUGAUUUGGGACAGUGUUUUUGAUGUCGAGCGAUUGAAAGCUACAAUCACAAAGAUGCUUGCAGAUAUUCCGGAGGAAAAGCGCAGCGGAUACAGCAUGAUGGCUGCUGUCGAUACAAUGGUGCACUUCUCUCAAGAUUCUCGCGCUCGUGCUCGUAAUACACUCGUCAAGGCGCUGUAUCUCAAGCGCAUCAAUAAACUGCUUGAAACUUCCCCGGACGUUGUAAUUUCGAAACUCGAACUCGUUCGCUCUCUUUUGUUCCAGUUUUCCAACUUCCGUGCCUACGUCAGCGCGGACGUGCACAAGCUGCAGCAACCUGUCUCUUCGUGGAGCCCUAUGCUCUCCAAGUCCGACACCUCUCUGCCUCUAUCACCUAUUGUUUCACGCUCCGCUUGCCUCAGCGAUGCGGGCAAGAAUCCAGGAAGUCUUGCGUACAUUGUCCCCAUGCCAACGAUUGACUCUUCCUUUGGAAUCUUCACCGGUCGCGGUCCUUCUUCAUACGCUGACCAAGACCUUCCUAAACUCAUGGUCGCUAUCGCCUACCUCGACGCUGUCGAGGGACCAAUGUGGGGCGCAGUUCGUGGCACUGGUCUCGCAUAUGGUACUCACUUUGCGCGAGAUGUCGGAACGGGACUGCUUACUUUCAACAUUUACCGAUCUCCUGAUGCCUUCAAGGCGUACAACAUUGCCAAGGGUGUUGUGCAAGGCUACGUGAGCAAGGAGCGCGCGUUCGAGAAACCGGCCCUUGAAGGUGCCAUUAGCUCUAUUGUUGUCUCAUUCGCGGAUGCCCAGCCCGGCAUGGCCAGCGCGGCGCAGGUUAGCUUCAUCAACCAGGUCGUGCGCGGCCUGCCCAAGGAGUGGAAUGAUGUCAUGCUGAAGAGAGUCCGUGAUGUGGGUGUUGAGGAUAUUAGAGAUGUCAUGGAGAGGUUGAUUUUGCCAGUCUUCACGCCCGGCAAAGCCGACUUUGUUGUGACAUGCGCACCGCUUAUGGAGGAGUCCCUCGUAAAGUCCUUCACAGAGGUCGGUUUCAAGCCUGAAGCUCAUCCUUUGGCAUUCUUCCACGAUGACUAUGGUCUCAAGCCGCAAGAUGGCGAAGAAGACGAUGCAGAAGAAGAGGAAGAGGAAGAGGGAAGUGAGAUGGACGAAGACGAAGACGAAGACGAAGACGAGGACGAGGACGAGGACGAUGAUGACGAUGAAGAUGAAGAUGACAGCGAAGACGAGGAAGAAGAUGACGAAUAG